GAUGAAGGAGUACAUAUUAGAGGUAAUAUAAAUGAACUUAUGAAACAUAGUUAAGUUUAGCUAGUUUUUCUAUGAUAUCGGCUCAAGAAUUUAAAUAGAAUCUUGCCUUUGAGAUCUACGACAAAACUUUGGCUGUGAUAUAUUCAGCUAUAUUUUGAUU